GGAACCAGGAAACACGUCCAGUGUGUGAGAAACGCCUGCUGUCCCUUCAGUCUGCCCGCUGGUGACCAGACGUCCCGUCGGUCGCCUGCCGCCAGCCCCGCCGGCCCCCCCGCGGCCCCCCUGCUCAUCCAUGGCCGAGUCCACCGCCGCCACACUGGUUCAGGCUACAGCGACGACCACAGUCGGAGGCGGAUCGAGAGGGGAGAACUCGGACUUCAUCGCCUUCGUUCUGGUGCCGGUGUUCUUCUUCCUGGGCCUGCUGGGAGUGCUGAUCUGCCACGUGCUGAAGAGGAAGGGCUACCGCUGCACCACUGCCCAGGAUGACGAGGAGUGCGAGGAAGAGGAGGCCAAGGAUCCCGAACUGGGCGCAGAGAUGAACGACACCUUCAGUGAAAACAACGACACAGUCGGGCAGAUCGUUCGCUACAUCAUGAAAAACGAAGCAAACUCCGACGCCCUGAAAGCCAUGGUCCAUGAAAACAGCAUCGAUUCAGAUGGCCCUCCCCUCACCCCCACCUCCCCCGGCACGCCGACCCCACCGAUGACCCCCACGUCGCCGGGGGCGCCGGCCGGAGCGGCCAAGCACACCUGCAACCACCUGCACACCAUCGGCGGGCCGGGCGGCAACAAGAACAUCUGCACCCGCUGCAGCCAGAAGAGGUGGCCGCUGAUGAGGAAGGCGUCGGCCCGCAAGGCCGAGCAGCGCCGCAGCCACCACGGGGAGGUCACCGUCCUCUCUGUGGGCAGGUUCCGUGUGACAAAGUGUGAAAAGCUGGCCAGAGAGCGGCGGUCUCUGCUAAUAACAGACUCCAACGGCAGCGUCCCCACGUCGCCCACGGAGGCGGAGCCCAAGAGCCGAACUGCAUCCGAGUCCCAGCAGGAGCAGACAGACAGCUCGGACAAAGACAAGCGAUAGAAGUACAGGUUUCCAGAGAGAAGAAAAGCAACAACUGGACACAUUUUUAACUAAAAAAAAAAAAAAAAGAACACAUCAGCAAAAGGAGGAAUCAGAAGAUCCA